GAGCACGCGCAGGCGCGCGGCGGUGGGCGGGGCGCGCAGGCGCGGUGCGGCGCUGGGCGCGGGGCCGGGAUUUAAAGGGGCCGGAGCGGCCGGGGCUGCGCUGCUCCCCCCUUCCCUCCCCGGGACCCCCCCGCCAUGGUGUGCGGCGGCUUCGCCUGUUCCCGCAACGCCCUCUGCGCCCUCAACGUGGUCUAUGUGCUGGUGGGGCUGCUGCUGAUCGGGGUGGCCGCCUGGGGCAAAGGCUUCGGCAUCGUCUCCAGCAUCCACCUCAUCGGCGGCGUCAUCGCCGUCGGCGUCUUCCUCCUCCUCAUCGCCAUCGUGGGGCUGGUGGGGGCCGUCCACCACCACCAGGUCAUGCUCUUCUUCUACAUGAUCAUCCUGGGGCUCGUCUUCAUCUUCCAGUUCGGCGUCUCCUGCUCCUGCCUGGCCAUCAACAGGAGCAGGCAGGAGGGGCUUUUCAGCUCCGCUUGGCCCAUCCUGAGCAACGAAACGAAGACGGAGCUGGAGCGGCGGCUGGACUGCUGCGGGCUGCUCAACCGCAGCGCCGACCCCCCCACCGCGCACGCCUUCCAGGCCGACUUCCACGUCUGCCCCGCUAAGUGUAAGACCCUCCUGGGCAAAGACCCCCGCGCCAAGUGCCUGACGUGCGGCGAGAAGAUGCUCCAGCACUCGGAUGAAGCCCUGAAAAUUUUGGGGGGGGUCGGGCUCUUCUUCAGCUUCACGGAGAUCCUGGGAGUGUGGCUGGCCAUGCGCUACCGCAACCAGAAAGACCCCCGGGCCAACCCCAGCGCCUUCCUAUAGCCCGGGGGGGGCCACACGUCCCUGCCUGGGGGGGGGCCACGUCCCUGCUGGGGGGUGUGGGACACCCCCCCCCCCGCCCCCCCACGCACACACGGUGGCUCCUGCCAUGUCCCCCGGCUGCCGAUCGGCCGCCCCCCCCCCCCCCCGCGGCCACAUGAAGCCUUGGGCACGUGUGUCCCCUGUCCCGUGUCCCCCCCCCCACCCAGGACAGCAACCCCGGGGGGGGCCCAGGGCUACCACCCCCCCCACACACUGGGAGGGGACACCGUGCCAGGAGCCCCCCCCCCCAUCCCACUCUGGACCCCCCCAAACUGGUGCGUACUGGUUAUUUAUACACCGGGAAGGGGACGAGCAGCCCCCAGCCCCCCACGGCGUGUGUGUCGCGCCCCCCCCAGUGCCCCCCACACUGCUGGGGGGGGGGGGGACACAACACACAGGGUGGCACGUCCCUUCCCCCCCCCCCCCCCCCCUCGCUGCCACCACAGGGACGUCACCGUGUCCCCAAUAAACACCCUCCAGUGA